AUGGACGGAACCAACUGGGAUCAGCUCAUCGCGAGCGCGAAAAUGGGGUCACCUACCGCCCUUCAAACUCUUGUACUCCACUGGCCUUCAGAGCGGUCAGCAGAAUUUAUCGGGGUCCUUGUGCAUCAUUUAACGGCAAGUCGGAUACCCACCGUCGCUCUGGCUGGCGAUGAUCGGAAUCGCGUCGAGCUGGCUAUCAUGGCGCUUCAGGGGAUUAAUUCGACCUUUCUACGCUAUGAAAGGCUUCCAGCUCACCGUGGAUUCAUCUUCACUGGCCUAUUACUUCACAUCACAGAUAUCCUCACUUGGAUACGUUUUGUAGCCCACAAUGCCAUGUCCAUCUAUUCUUCUUCAUCCGAGAAGGCCAAGACCGCCGCUUUGGUCAUAACCAUGGCGCUGAUGGCUCUGUUAAACAGCGAUCCACGAUUGGCAUCUGUUAUCUGCGAUCUCGAAGAAGAGUUCAGCACCAUACUUUCAGUCGUUACGCUCGAGAUCCCUGGAUCCUCAAGCUCGACAUCGGAGCCGCUUUUCAUCACCAAUUUCGACCAUGGCUGCCCCACCAUUCAGCUUCUCCACUCGGCUUUCGGACGGGGCAAGCUCACCGACGGCCAAAGGAGGAAGAUUACCGGGAUCCCGGGGUAUAGCGACUGGCUAUUGAAGUCCCUGGUUAUGCGCUUCAGCCUUCUCGACGCACGGUUUAACAGUCGAGAAGCGCAAUUCUUCGAACGGAACGCGAGAAUGAUUCUGGCGCUUCUCCAAAACUUAAACACCGACCCCACCUUCUUUGCCUUGUUCUUAAAACCAGAUUGCCUGCAAUCUCUAGCUACAGCGCUACGCUCGCUCACUCUCAAAGCAUAUCGCAUGGGCAUCCCUUCCCCCUCCUUUGCAACUGCAACCUCUACGUUAUGGGAGAUGGUCAUCCUGGAUGGACAUCCCCGAACCACUCUCGACCAUGCCAUCCUGGCACCAUGCACAACUUUACCGACAUCAUUACGACCCGGAACCCCAUGGCCGACCAUUAAAUUUGUGUCUGGGAUUCCACAAAAUCUGGCGAGUCCUGGAAUCCAGAAAUGGAAGGAAGUUCGAGAUGAUAUCACGUAUCUCGCGCCAUCACUCAAAGCGGCAAAGAUGCGACGGGGAUGGUGCGAUAACCUUCGGUCUCAUACUGCUCGAUUGGAUGCCAAAGGAUGGACUGGAAGAAGCUCCAUCGUCUCGAGUGUCGAGAGGCAGCCGGGCAUUAUCACGGACUCCUGGGUAACAAAGUCGAUGAGGCGUUUCUACAUCGCUGCUGUUGAACGCCUCUUCAACAAACAAUGGAAGAUCAUCCAGGGAAUUACCACCCCAGAUGACUUCAUGUCUCUUUUCAUCAUGGAGCCUCACGUUCUGGUCAUAGACACCACUCGGUAUCCCAACGAGGCGUCUCGAAACCGAAUUCCGAAAUACGCCUUUCGCCCUCCCCGCUUCAAAGCUUCGCCUUACUUCACAGCGAGGCUGGAAGUCUUUCUCGAUGAGGCUGUCUCCCGACCGUCGCCGUCAAUUCGGUUUGCAGAGGCACGGUUCACGUUUGGUAAUAUUGAGCUCAUGGUCAUGGUUCGGCUUCAGCAACAGUUUCUGGGACCCGGAGAAGACGCCGAGUUUCGCGUUACGAAUGGGAUGAUUAGAAUUGGGUCUUCAAAUGUGGAUUUGACUGGGUUGGCUACAUUAUGGAACUUGGUUCUGGCCGCUCGUGUAUAG